AUGUCGGUCCCAACCCAAGAGCGUGACCACUCGGGCUCGCUUCACUCGGAUGAGAAGGAGGCCAUCGGCUACCCCAUCCAGCCCAACACCCUCACCAAGGAUACUCAAGUCUCCCACGAUGCCGAGGCCAACCAGAUUACGGAGGACAUUAACUCUGGCUUCGAUAUCGCUGAGGUCAAGCGUGUCCGAAAAAAGAUCGACCGACGCCUGCUCCCCAUCCUGGGUGCGAUCUACUCGAUUGCUUUGAUUGACCGAACCAACCUUUCGGCCGCUCGUAUCGCUGGUGCAGGUGUUGAUCUCAAGCUCACUGCUGGUACCAACUACAGUGUUCCCCUCCUCAUGUUCUUCGUCCCCUACAUCCUGUUCGAGAUGCCCUCGAACUUGCUUCUGCGCAAGAUCGGAGCUGCCAAGCAGCUUUCUUUCAUCGCCUUCUGCUGGGGUAUCGUCAUGCUCGGUCAGGGUUUCGUCAAGUCAUGGCAGACACUCACGGUCACCCGUGCGCUCAUUGGUGCCUUCGAGGCCGGGUUCUUUCCCUCGGCCGUUUGGCUCAUCUCGACUUGGUACGUGCGUAGGGAGUCGCAGGUGCGCAUGUCUGCUUUCUACCUUAUCUCAGUCGGCGUUUCUGGUUUCUCCAACAUUAUCGCUUAUGCUAUGUCGCUCAUCAAAGUUUCUGACCGCACAUUCCACGGAUGGCGAUGGAUCUUCAUCAUCGAGGGUUUGCUUACCGUCGUCCUCGCUGUAAUUGCUUACUGGGCCGUCCUCGACUUCCCCGACAAGGCUGUCGAGAAGGGUUUCCUCACCAUCGCCGAGCGCGACAUGAUCCUCACCCGUAUCCAACGUGACCGUGCCGAUGCCAAGCCCGACGCCCUUACCUGGGCCAAGGCCGGCAAGUACGCGAUGGACAUCAAGGUGUGGCUCUACGGACUCAUGUUCAUGUGCACCACCAUGCCUACCUACGCGUUUGCCUACUUCUUGCCCGUCAUUCUCCGUGGAUUGGGCUACUCCAUCCGCGACUCUUUCUUGCUCGGUGCUGCUCCUUACGUCGUCGCCAUGGUUGGUGCCUUUGCCACUGCCGUUGUUGCUGACCGAUACUACAUCCGAAUGCCCCUCCUCAUUGCUCAGUGCAUCUUGACCAUCGUUGGUCUCGGCAUGCUAUUCGCCGUCAAGGAGCGCAACGUCCAGCUCGCCGGCUGUUUCCUCGGUGUCUGGGGUUCCAACUCAAACAUCCCCUUCGUCCUCAACUUCUCGCAGAACAACGUUGCCGGUCAGAGUAAGAAGUCGUUCACCUCGGUCAUCGUCAUCAUGUUCGGUGGUAUCGGUGGUAUCUUUGCUUCGCUCGCCUACAACGAGGAGGAUGCUCCCUUGUACCGCAAGGGUCUCUACGCCACCCUUGCUUGCCAGGCCUUCAACAUCCUUUGCGGUAUUGGCUUCACCGUCUACUUCUACGCUGCCAACAAGAAGAUCCGUGCUGGCCGCAAGGUUGUUGAUGACCGUCCCGGUUUCACCUACACCAUCUAA